AUGAGCUCCAAGCAUACAAAUACCGUUCUGUGGUGUUUCAUAUUACUGUGGCCACAAAACACUGCACAGUUUGUUAAAAAGACGGGAAAAAGUAACAUUACGCACAGCUUGCGCAUCACCAAUAUACAGUGCGUUGAAACACCGUACGAGCUUACCUAUCUGAACUAUUGCAAAAUGGAACAGCUCCCGAACAACAUGGUCGCUCUAAAUGUUUCAAUUCUAGCUCCCAUGGUGCUCAACUUCAUAGAAACGAAGAUUAAGUUGUUCUACAAGUAUACAUCCUACCGUCCCUUCAUGAUCGACUGGAGCAUCGAACUCUGCCAGGCGUAUCGUAUGGGAAGGUUUAAUCCUUCCGCUAUAUUGAUGUUAAAAGUCAUCGAGGACACUGCACCACAGUACCACCAUCCCUGUCCACAUGGUAAUCGUACAUACAUAAUUGUGUGGCUGUUUAACCCGAAGUUUAUACCCGAAACACUGCCAUCCGGCAAUUAUCGUUUGGACAUCUAUUUACGAGAUACAACAAACAAGAUUCUGUUCGCUUUUCAAAUGUUCGGUGCUAUACGCAAACAUGGUUUGAUUGGUUGA